GACAAGGUAUUCCAAUUGAGGAGAGCAAGGAGGAAAUGCUAUCUCUGCAUCGGUUCGAUCGAAGGAACAAUCAGGAUAUAUCGGAUUGGGCAAACAAACACCGUGCGUGGAUAGAAAUUUGGAAUCAAAGAGACACGUUAGUGCAAUCAGAGAAUAGACCUCACAAUCAGUCAGCAUAUCAGAAGUAUCAAGUGUGGUAUGCGGAUCGUUACCGGUUAAAGCUGAAGCCAGGUUGGACUCACGAGGAGUGGUCGGAGUUGGUGUCUGAAGACCCGGAGACUGCAGAAGGUUAUCAUACCUUCAACACGGCUGUGAGAGACACCAGAGGGGCUCAUGUUGACUACGCACCGAUGCAUGACGAAAUGGGCAGAGAGUUGCUUCUGUGCGUCAACGAUGCCAAUGUUGCACUGAGUCAUCCACCUGGUGGUGCAUUAUCUGAGAGGGCUCUUAGGAGCACGAUGGAGAAGUUCAAGAAGCGGUUCCAUAAGAUGGCAGCUAUGCUUUCUUGCCAUGGUGCUAAGUCCAGUGACGUGUAUGCACCAGGUAGCCGUGCCGCCAGAGCUAAUAAAUGGCGUUAUGUCCAGAACGAAGAGGACAUAGAGGAGGAGGUUACACAACCGACACAAGGCAAUGCCCGCUCUAGAAAAGGCAAAGCAAUAGCUAAGACACCGGGCCAGAAAGAGGCGGAGGAGGCUAGCGAAGAGGAGGAGCAUGAGGCUAGCGAAGAGGAGGAGCAUACACUUGCAGAUAUCGUGAAGAGAGGAAGGAAGAAGUGA